AUGCGCCGCGGCAUCCCGUACGGGGCCGAAGCAACAGAUGAAGAGCUGGCUCAGAAGAAGACAAUUAUGGACCGUGGCCUUCUAUUCGCCUGUUACCAGAUUAGCCUCAGAGCUGGGUUCGAGUUUAUUACCAACGGUAUGUUCAAUAACGAUUAUUUCCCACCCAGGACUCCUGUGCAACCUGGAGCCGAUUCCAUAAUGACGAACAGCGUCAAGAAUGCCACUAACGAGGAUAAGAAACUCUUCAUGAACAUUGUCGACAGCAAGCAGCAGGCAAAGAAAAUCGAAUUCGACCCAUUUGUGGAAUCCCACGGCGGCGCAUACCUCUUCAUGCCGUCCUUGGACCUAUUGCGGGAAAUGGCUCACUAG